UACCCCGUUCGACUUGAACUCUAAUUCUUGCAUUCCCCAUGUCGUAUUCCGGGUAUGGUUGUUCAUCCUUCCGCCCCCUUGCCUAGUCUGCACCGGACAGAUCCCGCGGGUAGCCUACGUCUUACUACGGUAUGGCCGUUCUGCAAAUAGGACAGGAUAACAUGUCGCAACAUGUCGCAAUCACGACAACAUGCAUGCAAGCAAACGGCGACGCGUCAAUAGGUGCGUAGCAUGGGUUUUCCGUCUUCACGGCCAAACAUGGCACCUAGGCCUCUAUGUAAAAACAACAGGCAAUGGGACGGACACACUAUCGACCUCGCAACUAUGGUCACCGUGUACCUGAUCCGGGCCGCACCUUGCCGCCCAUUCCGCUUUUUCUCCUCCACAGUCCCCGCGCACACGGGAACGAAGAGUGCUGCUAGGGAUUCGGCAAAGUCUUCCGAGAACGACCAUGGCGUCUCUGUUGGACUGCCGAGAGAGAAACAUGACACGAAGGCGGCAUGGCUUUGGGACAACACAUCUAUCAAUCUUGAACUUAAUCGAAAAGAAGUUGAGGUUGUGGUGGUGCAAAUACUUCGACCAGGGUCCCGCAAGAAAUCCUUGCUUACAGCACGAGGACGGAAGCCCAAAACCAACCAAGAGACACGUGGACAUCUUCUUCUUGUUGUUCCAGUCGGUACGUAUAGUGGUCGAGUCGUCGCUUUGGUCCCUUUCGUCUUCGGAGUUGCAGCUUUACUUUCCACGGAGGAGUGUCGGAUCCGGGGGGUUGAGUGUUUGGGCUUAUGCACCCAUCACGUCCGACAUUAUGCCGUUCGAGACUGGGGAUCCAGGGGCACCUUCUAAGUUUUGGAUGGGCACUCUCUGGAAGAACCUAAUGUCCAAGGAAGG